AGAAUUUAAAUAGAUAUCGUGAGUGUAAAGCCAGAAAGAAUAUAGUAUUUCCUGCAUAGGACGCAACAAAGGAACAAAGAUACCGAUGAGCGGUAUAAUUUAACAGUGAUUUCAUCAGCCUGCGCGUGAAAGAUUACUCCUACAGAAUCCUAUGCUGCAUAUAUGCCGUAUAAUCACUGUUAUCGGAACAUCAUUCACACAGAAGCUGUUUGAACGCGGCCCCAUUUUGACGUACGCGUAGCUAAAAUUGAGAAAAUUGUAUCAGUUAUUUUCUGAAUUAUGUAUUAUGUGAUCACCGUUUGAUAUCUUUCGUAAAAUAAAUACUAUGUCGAACAACAAACCUAACAACAAACCUAAUGUAAUCGACGUACCUGAUAAGGAACAAAUUCAACAACGAGAUUCAAUUGUAAUCGAAGAUGAAUCAAAUGCAAAAAUUGCGGAUUUUGAGACGGCGAUUACUGUCGCUGGGACCGGGAAGUUUCAAUAUCUUCUCAUUUUUGCGAUUAUUCCGGCCUCCUGGGCAUCGAGUGUAGAUACGGCUAAUAUGUCGAUGAUACUUCCAUCGGCGGAGUGCGAUUUAGGAUUGUCAUUGUUUGACAAAGGACUUUUGAAUGCUGCUAUCUACGUAGGUAUGCUAUUGAGCGGUUUUAUAUGGGGAUACCUCGCUGAUGUUAAAGGAAGAAAGAAGAUUAUAAUAUAUGGCUAUAUGGCGGAUGGUAUAUGCAAUGUACUCUCAGGAUUUUCGCAGAACUUCGAGACGCUUUUAUUCUUCAAAUUUCUCAGCGGCCUUAUCGUGUGUGGUCCAUAUGCAACUCUUAUGGCAUACAGCGCGGAAUUUUAUGGCGCCAGUGGUAGAACGAAGAUUCCAAUUCUCGUUGGCUUCUCGGUUUCGUUUGGAUGUGUAAUGAAUGCAGCAUUGGCUUGGCUAGUUAUUCCUCAGCAGUGGUCAAUUGUUCUUUGGGACGGUGCCUUUGUCUACAAUUCUUGGAGAAUCUUUCUAUCCCUUUGUGGAGUAUCAUCGUUGAUAGGUGUCUGUUGUCUCUCUUUCUUCCCGGAGAGUCCUAAAUUUCUGAUGACACAAAAUCGUAAUAAAGAUGCUCUUGAAAUUUUCAAAAAGAUCUACAGUAUAAAUACUGGUCUGCCUAAAGAUAAUUAUCCCAUAUAUGCUUUGGAUGAUGUAAGUUUAAACAAUACAACUACAGAACAAUCCAAAUGUCAAAGCGGUACGAAAGCGAGCUUAAAGAACGGAAUUCGGCAAAUGAAGCCCAUGUUUUUGAACCCAAAUCUGUCGUGUAUUUCAUUACUUGUUAUUAUGCAAUUUUGUUUGAUGUUAGGUUUAAAUACUCUUCGUCUCUGGCAGCCACAACUUUUUGCGACGAUAGAUAAUUUUUACAGUCUUAAUACAAAUAUAACUGAGCCUACCUUUUGUGAAAUACUGGAUAUUUCGACGUCUAUUAAUGCAAAUAAAACUGUUGCAUUAGAAAGGUCAACUUGCGAGACUAUUGUUGUAUCAAAUUCAAUGUAUAUGGACAGUGUUAUUGUAUCAGCUACUUCUUGUACUUUUAUAUUGUGUGCCAGUGUUAUUGUUAAUUUUCUGCAACACAAAUAUUUAUUAUUUGUCGGCUACGGAUGUUCGAUUUUAUGUCUGGUAGCUUUAAUCUGGUCUACAAGUACAUUAUCCACUCUCAUACUCACGUGUCUAUAUGUCGGAAUAAUGAGUAAGAGUUUCUACGUUCUAGUAGGCGCAACCGUUUUUAUCAGAACCAUGGCAGUAAGCUUAGAAAUGAUAAUAGGAAGACUGGGAUCUAUGACCGGCAAUCUCAUAUUCCCUGUUUUACUUGAAUAUGGUUGCGUAGCGCCGAUUAUUAACCUGAUAUGUUUCACUUUGUUGUGCUUGCUUCUUACGUAUUUCCUACCAAGUACAAACAAGCAUGCGGCAUAAAAUCUUGAGAGAUCGAAGGAAGAUUUAUAAGCAGAAGAUGAGUUUCACUUCUUGCUAUCAUCUCCGUAAUAACAUCUUCAUCUUCGAGGAUCCACAAUCGUUUAGCAGAGCCGAACUGGAGGCUCGAAGGACCUGAAUCGAUGCUUAUCGCGAGCUAUGAUCGAGCCCGUAUGAGGGCGUACAAUGGCCAUGCAUAUACAUGCACCACACAACGAAAGAUUGUAUGAGACCUUGAGUUUCACUUUCGACACAUCCUGGAGAGCCCUCCAGCCUUCACCCACAUGCUCAUCCCCCUCUAUCCCGCGCUUCUUCUAGUGUGGACGCAGCUUUAUCGCAGAUCUUAGGACCUCGCUACCUCCGUCGAUCGGUGCAAUAAAAUGUACCGACGUAAGUAAACUUGCAUACCCGUAAGUUUUCGCCUCGAAAAAAUCAAACAAAAAAGUGCAAACGUAGCGAGAAAUUUUAAAACU